AUGUCAAGGCCUGUUGAGAGAAUAUCAGAGAUCAACGAUGGAAAAGAGCUUUGGAAGAUUGUUGUUAGGAUUCACCACAGAUGGAAUGUUGUGUCCAACAACAAGGAACAUUUUGAAAUGAUCUUUGUUGACAAAUUGGGAGAUAAUAUUCAUGCUGUUGUUCCAACACCACAUGUGUCGGUGUUCACCGAAAAAUGCCUAUUAGGGCAUACUUAUGCUCUGUAUGAAAUUAAUGGAUUUAUUUCAGAUGUCGUUGGAAUGGUGGAUAGUAUUGGUUAUGCACAAACUGAGUCGGGCGCAAAGAAGCAGCAAAUUAGCAUGAUGUUGCGUGACCACAGCAACAACAUGUUGAACUGUACUCUGUGGGAAUCAUACGCGGAUCAGUUCAUCAGGUUUAACAAAGUUAGGGUUGCUGCAUCACUCCCUACAGUUGUGUUGCUUCAGUAUGCCAAAGUGAAAGAAGAAGGAAAGUAUCCUCUGUCUGUGACAAACACCUACAAUGUCACCCUUUUAUGUGUUGAUGCUGAUUUUCCUGUCAUGAAAGACUUCAUUGAUAGAAUGCCUGCGGAGAGCAGGAUUACAUUUUGUGCUACUGUCGCUACAACAAAAUUAUUAGUUGCGUCUCCAUUUGGAUGGUACUAUCGUGCCUGUCAUAUAUGUCAAUCUAUAGCGCGUGGGGACAGCCCCCCAUUUGAGUGUGAAGCUGGUCAUGAAACCAUGGCUGAAGUCCUUAGGUAUAAGAUUGAGAUUGAGGUUACUCAUGGGGGCAAAAGUUACAAUUUUGUCUUCUGGAAUAGGGAAUGUGAAAUGCUUUUGGGUUUAUCUACAUCCCAACUUCGUAACACUAUGAUUCAGGCUGGAAUUACUGAUCCACUGGACUUCCCGUUAGCACUUGAUCAGCUGUUGAAAUUGGAAAUGGCUAUGAAGGUUAAGUGGUAUCCACGCUGGAAGAACUGUUCCGUCGUUAUGAUUAUAAAAAAUGAUCCUAUUAUCCAGCAACUUAAGGAAAAAUGGGGAACAGAUGAGAUUAAAGAGAGUGUUGAUGAGGCUAAAACAGAUGCCAAUGAAGACUGUGAAUUGGUUACGGAGCUGGAAAUUACUUCUGAGCACAAGCCUGAUGCUGUCACACCUCCUGGUAAGAGGCAUUUUCCUGCUGCAUCAAGUGAAUCCACUGAUUUGGAGGGAUUACAUGAUGGAGAACUGUCAUCAAACAAGCUGAAGAAGAUAAUUAAAAUGGAGAAGAUUGAUUAG